CAGACGGUGCAAAAUCUUCCAGUUUUUGGCUCUGCAGAAUGCAUAACCCUAACAAUUAUCUACUCUGAAGCUCUAGGUUUUGGGUAACUGCGUCAUGGCGUCACUCUCGUCGUUAGUACCUUCGAAUAUUUUCCAGCAAUCCUCAAAAUCGAUCAGAAUCCAUACAAAAAUCCCAACAAAACCCCGUCUCCAACUUCCCAGGACAGGUUCUCUUUCCAGUUCUCAUGGACUAGCUGCAACUCUUCUCAACUUAUACCCUUCAAGAACCCUAAGUGUCUAUGCUGUUGCCGAAGAAGCCUCUGUGUCGACGCAAGAUCUACCGUCCGAGGCAGCGAAGAGAUUGUACGUCGGAAAUAUUCCACGGACCGUCGAUAACGCUGAGCUCACACAAAUAUUCUCGGAACAAGGAGAGGUUGAGAAGGCCGAGGUGAUGUAUGAUAAGUACUCAGGGAGGAGCCGGCGUUUUGGAUUUGUUAAUAUGAAGACUGUUGAGGAUGCAGCUGCAGCUAUUGAGAAGCUCAAUGGGACAGAAAUUGGAGGACGUCAAAUCAAAGUUAAUUUGACAGACAAACCUUUGCAGAAUGUGGAUCUACCCCUCCAAGCUGAGAAGUCCCAAUUUAUUGACAGUCCCCACAAAGUCUAUGUGGGAAAUCUUGCAAAGACAGUAACUUCAGAUACUCUUACCAAUUUUUUUGCUGAGAAGGUAAAGGUUUUGAGUGCAAAACUCUCACGUGUACCAGGGACCUCAAAAUCAAGUGGGUUUGGGUUUGUGACAUUUUCUACAGAUGACGAUGUGGAAGCUGCAAUUUCAUCGUUUAAUAAUGUGGUAUUGGAUGGGCAACCAAUUCGUGUAAACAGAGCAUAGCUUUAUUGCAGGAAUUUUGGGAGAUUCAAGUGCAAUGUACCUUGUAUGCGUUGUAAUUUAAAAAUUAGGUGCUCUCUAUUGUAGAGGUUUACAGGAUAACUUGAGCAAUAGUAUAGCCCAAGAUAUCCCCACUCAGUUUUUUGGUACCGCAAUUGAA